CGUACGCGUAAACACAGGAAGUGUGAUCGAAGGUCGGGUCAUUGUGGUAGGCCGACAGUACAUGUACUGUGCAGAAGAACCAAAGUUAAAACGAAACUUGAGGGUUAAAUGUUGAACUUGUCGCAAGAUAAAUGAUGGCCUAUUCAUAUGGGGGUCUAAUAAAUCCAAUGGAGCAGGUAUCACUUAAGCGAGAAGUUCGGAUUGUUGCUACAAAGUCCGUUGACAAUUACACGGCCUACGUCAUUGAGCUCUCAGUGAGUGACUGCUCCUGGACCAUACAGCGGCGCUACAGUGAGUUCCAUGACCUGCACGAGAAGCUGGUGGCCCUCAAGAAGGUGGAGCGGGCCUUGCUACCCCCCAAGAAGCUCCUGUGGAACCAGUCUAAGAGCUUCGUGGAGAAGCGCCGACAGGACCUGGAGAGCUACCUGCAGAAGAUGCUGGACCAGAGCUCCUACCUCCCCACGCCCCUGCUGCACUUCCUGGAGUUUGACAUCUACGACAUCUAUGGAGUCUCGCAGGCUCUUGCCACUGAGCUGUUUGAGAAAGCUGAAGCCAUCCUUGCCUCAUCAGACGUGUGUGAGAUGACCCCCAUGCAGCUGUACGCCAUCACGGAGAGGUUGAAACUUGCCGUGCCAACCUGCUCGGCCGAUGAUGCCCGCAGUGAUAUUGGACACAUCAUGGACUUCAUCUCUAGACUGAAACUGAUGCGGAUUGUUGGCUCGCGCCAUCGGCUCGGGAGUAGCACCAGGGUUGUUGAUAAAUUGCCAUUUGACCUUUCACCUUUCAGAGCCUUGGAGCACUUGCAGGUUGAUGUGUGUGAUAUAAGCUUGAUUGGAGGACUCAUUGAGUUGAAGAGGACAUUACAUUAUCUGGCUGUACAUCACACUGUCAAGUCCCUGAAGGAAAUUCUUUUACCAGAGGGAGAACACUGGAUGAGUGCAGAGGCAGCAGCAACUGUAGCAGGUCCAAGCAUUGGCCACCCAAUGCAUAUUCCCACCUGGAAAUGCAUCAGCAGAGCUGACUUUAGAUACAACAGUCUGAGUGACAUAGAUGACAGCAUUAAACUCUUGCCAAAUCUGACCCGACUGGACCUGAGCCACAACAAGCUGACCGAGGUCAAUAACCUGCAAUACCUGUCAGAGAUGACCCACCUAGACUUGUCCCACAACCACCUAAUGUCCCUGGAGGGACUGCACGCCCGGCUGGGUAACGUCACCACCCUGGGGCUGGCCGCCAACAAUCUCAGCAGCCUGAGGGGAUUGGGGAAGCUCUACUCCCUGGUCCACUUGGACGUCAGCCAGAACUCCAUUGAGCACGUGGUUGAGGUGAACCACAUCAGCAACCUGCCAUGUAUCGAGUCGCUGAAUCUCAAGGACAAUCCCAUCACCAGCAUCAUGGACUAUCGCACCAAGAUCCUAAGCCUCUUUCAGGAGCAGUACACCGAGCUGACCCUGGACGGCCAGCGCACCAGCCAGAAGGAGAUGGACAGAGUGGCCAUCAUGAAGGCCAUCCAGAAGGCCAAAGAGAGUAAGGUCAAGAAGUUGACCCGGAAGAGCUCGCCUAGCCGCAAGAAGCACGCUGCCCCUGUGAAGCAAGCGGAGAUAGCCGACCCAGACGUCAAGAAACCCUCCCUGCUUUCUCUGGCCACUGGGUCUGCAUCUUCAUCGCUAGCAAACAGUCAGCAGAGCCUCACACAACCUGACAUUAUAGCCGCCUCUGGCUUGGAUGAUGUGGAGUACAGAGCCAAGGUGGAGGAGAUCAGACGGGAGGGAGGUGAGGCCUGGCUCAGCCUCCUCAACGAGAUGCAAGAAGAGCCGGACAGCAGCCCCCAAACCACAAAGGCCAAGGGAGGCAUUUCUCCAAAGAGAGGGAGGUCCCCCAAAGUCAGGCGAAAGGACUACCAAGAAGGCGCGAGGUCCAGGAGCAAAUCCCCAGCUCAGCCGAAGGUUCAACAGUCACCCCAGUCUCCCACCAUGAAGAUCAGCCCCAAGGCCCUUCUACACUGCAUCUUUGACGAGCUGGCCCGCCACCGGUCAGAGGGCAUGGCGUCCAUCCCAGAGCUGGUCUUCAACCUCCGCAUCUACUUCCAGGGCCCAGUGCUCAGCACCUACGGCCCCCGGCACCGCAGACAGGGCCUGGCCGAGCCGGAGGGCCCCUGGCCGUUGGUGACGGGCUACCUCCUGGGGCACAUGUCGGCGGAGAGCCAGCAGGAGUUUGUGGAGCUCCUGCAGGGCCUGACCCAGGGGAAGGUCCAGCUACCCAGUCACAUCUUUCCCAGGCAGGAGGACGCGGCUGAGGUCUUUGCCUGCAUGCUGAGGGUUCUGGGACUCAAAGAGCAGCCUGCUCUAUCAUCCCAUGAUGAGCCCAUGGAGCCCACAGUCGACGGAAUGGCUCAGUUGAAAGUCAACUACGAUGAGAACACUGACAUUGACCAGAAUGAUCUAGGAGGAGGCCCCUCAUUUGAUGUUAAAGCUGAAGACUCUAUGCCAUCCCCAGCCAUUUUAAUAUCAGAACAUCCAAGUCCUCCUGUCAUCAAGAAACAUGUGCAGUUAGCUCCACCCCUUAUCAUCCCCACUUACGAGGAUGCCACUCUGAAGCACCUGACUGAGUGCAACCAGCAGGUUGGGCUUCAGCUAUCAGAACCCCUGCAGGCCAUCACCAACAUGCAGGCCUCAGAACUGGUCAAGUACUUCCAUGACAGCAUCGCUGAGAUAAGCUCGGAGCCGGAGAGACUGACCCACAUGAUGUGGGCUGGGGCCAUUGCCUUCCAGAAGCCCUCUGUGGAGAUCACUGCCUGCGUGAUGUUGAGCGACCGUGCCGUCUACGUUCUCACAGCCGAUACGUCCCCACCACAGAUCCUCAGUCCACCUGUGGACCCCCGAAGCCACAGGCGUAUGAAGAGUGACUCUUCCGUCAAAGACAGGCUCCGGGCCGAUUCCAAGGGGGGAGAGCUGCCCAACACCGCAGGCUUCAAUGGUGGGCGCGUCCUCAAGCACCCACACGCCAGUGGUGUGCUCUUGACCACCUCCGAGGACAAAGACAGGAAGAGAGUCCGCUGUCUGCACAUGCUCAAUCUGACAGACAUUGUUGAGGUGGACGUGGGGUUGUUUGACCAGAAGCUGCGACUGACCGCUGAGACAGCAAUAGACACUAUCUCCUUGUUGACCAGAAACUUCCAGCAUACCCUCAGCUUCUUAGAGUGGCUCAUGCAGGUUCUUCCAAUCACUAGCAACAAGUGCAAGUCCCCCGACCGUAGCCACCAGGCCACGGACCCGUACAAGCUCCACCGGGCCUUCACUGAGGAGUUCCUGCACCCGAGCUCGGUUAAGUUCUCCUACCCCAAUGACGAGACUAUCAACGACCUGACGUACCUGAUUGUGGCCCACAUCAACGACCCCAAGAUUAGCAUGGACAAUACCAGCAUUCUGCUGUACAUGCUUGUCUACCAGCAGGUGCACGCCUCCCCUCUUCAGGGUAAUUCCAUCAACAUCCAGGAACCCUUGGAGGACUGUGAGCGCUCCCAACGUACCCUGGUGGUGACCAACAAGCACCUGACCUUAUGCCGGGAGGACCACGUCAGUUACCCACUGCCAGGCUUCAUGAAGUCACUGCCGGAUGGCCCCCAGUACGAGAUACUUGCCUCGCAGGCCGUCCAGAACCUGCGGCGGCUGGUAGUCUCAGACUUUGCCUCCCGGGAUGUGACCUUGGUCUUUGAGGUCAUGGAGGUGGUGGUGGACAUCACGAUGGAGCACUAUGGCAGUGAGGAGGGUGGGGAGUUGGCGCGGCCCUCCACGCCCGAGGUAGCCUGGACGUUGGUCUUGCCGUCCAUGGAGGACCGGGAGCGACUGAGGAAGCAACUCUGCCACACAUGGAAGGAGAUGCACGGACAGGAGCUGUCCAUCCAAGUUAAUACAUGAAAUGCCAUUUCCAACCGGCCGCGCUAUCAAGGGAUAAAAAUCACUUGAACCAUAGGUUAGAAACGGUGCAUAAAAGCUCUGAAAAACAUGCACAGUCUCAAGGAAUAACAGGAAAGUGGCAGAAAUACAGACUCCUAUAGACAGAAAUGCCUGUAUGAAAGCCCUGGUGACGCUUGAAAAAAUAAGGACAUCUUUAAAGUGGUCAUGGAAAUACUAGUGUUUAUUUUUUCACAAAUUAUUACAUGUAUGGUGCUCUUGAGAGAGCAGCGUCAAAGUAACCGACUCUGGUAGAAUAUCUUCAUAUGGAGGACAGUAUUACAGAAUAGCUGGUUAAGGACAGUAUAAAGAAUGACAAAGUUCCAUUCAUCUCCCUACAUAUUUUAAUUACUAAACAAAACAUCAACAUACAUGUAUAUUCAUCAUUAUUUUGUACUGGAAGAACUUGAAAUAUAAUUUCGUUUUAUUACACAUGCACAUGUAUAUGCUCUUUGUAUUAUUUUAUAUCCUGUUGGCAAGUGCAACCUUGAACUCUGAAUUUGGGGCUGAUUGGGGACAAAAAUAAUCCAUUGCUUAAUACACUAUCAUAUUUGGACAAAUCCAAAGUUUAAACAGUAGACUGUAGCCUGGGUUUUGAUCUGGACGGAAGGAUCGUAUAUACGACAGAACACUGCAUACUUUUGGCUCAAGUACUGUAGACUAAGUACUACAAGCAUUGUACCACCAAUUGACUGGAGCACUGGGCAGUUUACAAGAAAUAGUCACUACAUGAGGUCAGGGUUAAGCAUUACAUCCCAAGACCCACACGUCUCUUCUGGGAGGAGCUAUCUCUAGACCACGGGGUUUAGUAAAAAUCAAUCAAAUUGAAUCUUGAAGGAUUUGGCACAGUUUAAGGUUUAAUUGCUUUAAUAGUUUCCAGAUAUCUCAAACUGCAGCAGUUACAAACGAGGACAGUUCCAAAAACAUUCCAUAUCAUAAUUAAGGACUUAAAAUGGUGUAUCUGAAGGCUAGACAUGAUAAAACAUAUGAAAAAAUGAAGGUCCUUACAGACUUACAUGUGUGCAUUAGGAUCAUUGACAAACUGUAGAGCUUUGCACCUGAUGCCUAAUUUGCCAUGUUGAAAGUUUUAAUACUAAAAAUACUGUACAUGUAGUUAAAUGUGAGAAGGGGGACCAUAGGUGAUAGAGCUAAAAAUCAUGACAUAUCAUGACAUGACAUAACAGUGGUCUCCAAUCGACAAGCUCUUGCUUCUUGGAGACCUCAAUUCAUAUACAGUUCUAUCUGUCCAUCUACGUGUUCGUAAAAAUAAAUGAUAUGAACUAUGAACUGUUUGAACUACAGACAGCAGACAAGGAGGCAAUUGUUUUCAACUGGAAUCUUUCCUUUAUUUGCAAUGAUAUUUGCUGUAGCACCUGGCCCAAGGUUUACAGGCAAGUUAUAAUAUUGCAUAUAUGGUUUAGGUUAAUAUUCAGUAUUGAUAAAAUGUCAAUCCAGAACAUGCAGUUAUUCAGCUGUCAAUUAUUUGCUGUAAAUCUCUGUCAGAGUGGAAUAUUAUCAUAUAUAGUUUGGCUAGCCAUUUCAUUUAAACUCUUCAUACAAGGUGAUUGUGUUUAAUAAUUGAUAAUCAGUUUCUCUUGUAAUUUUGAAGAAUACAAAAGGCAGAAGAGGUUGACUUUA